AUGGACCGAGACAGCCGGGAGCUUCAAAUGCGCCAAGAUAUUGGCGUCAUUGAAACCGUCGCCUUUUCCGUCGAAGAAGUCAGACGCGUCCUCAGUCAAAUAAAACCUGAUAAGUCUCCUGGACCCGACGGAAUUCCCGGGCUGAUACGUAAGGAGCUAUCAACGGAGCUAUCAAAGCCUCUUUCGACUCUCUUUGAGCUGUCAAUGAGAACAGGAAGGCUGCCCUCACAGUGGAAGACAGCUAACCUCGUUCCAUUGCAUAAGGGAGGUAGAAGGAUAACAGCAAGAAGCUUUAGGCCUAUUAGCUUAACUUGCCUCCCUUGCAAAACGAUGGAAGCUAUAGUAAAGAGCGCUAUACAGCAAUUUUGUGAAGAAAAUAACAUCUUGCAGGAUUUUCAACAUGGCUUCCGGAGAGGACGUUCCUGCCUCUCUAAUCUGCUAGCUUGUCUGGAGAUCUGGACCAGGGCUCUAGAAGAGGGUUUUGAGGUCGAUGUCGUAUACAUAGAUUUCCGCAAAGCUUCUGACACUGUCCCGCACCAACGUCUUCUUCACAAAUUGAGCGCCAUCGGUAUCCGGGGAGAUCUUAUGGACUGGAUUAGGGCGUUUCUGGUUGGUCGGAAACAACGUGUCUGUGUCGGGGAUGAUAUGUCAGAAUGGGUGAAUGUGACCAGUGGUGUGCCGCAAGGCUCAGUUCUGGGACCAUUGCUCUUCAUCCUUUACAUUAACGACAGCCUUCAGGAACUCGACUGCGGCAAAAUAAUGUUUGCAGACGACGUUAAGCUCUGGCAAGUCAUUAAGGGUCUGAAUGAUCAGAGAUUCCUUCAAGAUAAUCUGCACCGACUGCAAGCUUGGUCGAAGAAAUGGCUUCUAGAUUUCAAUGUGGAGAAGUGUGCCAUCCUUCAUCUGCGUCCAACCAACUCUCAUUCAAAUGAGAGCCUGAGGGCAUAUCACCUGAAAGAUAUAAGGUUCCCCGCAGAAUCUUCACAGAAGGAUCUCGGGGUUUGGAUACAGAACAACCUGAAACCAACACUGCAGUGCCACAAGGCUGCAAAAAACGCCAUGGGAGUGCUGCAUGCAAUAAAAAGAGCUUUCGUUAACUUUGACCAAGACCAUUUUGGGAGAGUUUACGGCACAUUUGUCCGACUCCACUUAGAAUAUGGCAUACAAGCAUGGCGGCCGUGGCUAGUAAAGGACCAAGCAUGCCUCGAACGAGUACAACGGCGUGCAACAAAGCUGGUAAACGGUCUAAAAAGCCAAUCCUACACAGAAAGACUGAAUUGCCUUAAUUUAUUCCCUCUGUGUUACAGGCACCAAAGAGGUGAUCUUAUCCUCGUCUACAAGAUAAUACAUGGCCUUGAGUAUGGACUUAAAUUUGAGGACAUGUUUCAGUGGCACCUUUCACCCAAUCUUCGUGGUCACUCGAUGAAGUUACGGGCAACAAUGUCCAGGCUGAAUCUUCGUUCUGAAUUUUUCACGCAGAGGGUAGUGGAGAAAUUGAACGAUCUCCCUCAGUCAGUCGUGGAGGCUACGUCCUUGCAACUCUUCAAGAAACGCUUGGAUGAUUAUUUGUGUCCCCUGUUUUCCCUCGACAGUCUGAAUCUGAAUUAA